AACAGGUGUUUUUAUCUGUUGCAGAUCUAUGAUAUCUUCCAGCUUCUUCCAUCAAAGAUUCAGGUUGUGGUGUUCUCUGCUACCAUGCCUCCUGAGGCCCUUGAGAUAACCCGCAAGUUCAUGAACAAGCCUGUGAGGAUUCUUGUCAAGAGAGAUGAGCUUACCCUUGAGGGUAUCAAGCAAUUCUAUGUCAACGUGGAGAAGGAAGAGUGGAAGCUGGAUACACUCUGUGACCUGUACGAGACCUUGGCAAUUACCCAGAGUGUCAUCUUUGUGAACACCCGCCGCAAGGUGGACUGGCUCAGCGACAAGAUGAGGGGAAGGGAUCACAUUGUCUCUGCCACGCACGGAGACAUGGACCAGAACACUAGGGACAUCAUCAUGAGGGAGUUCAGAUCUGGAUCUUCUCGUGUGCUCAUCACCACCGACCUGCUGGCCCGUGGUAUUGAUGUGCAGCAAGUCUCCCUUGUCAUCAACUAUGACCUGCCGAUUCAGCCUGAGAACUACCUCCAUCGCAUUGGUCGUAGUGGUCGGUUUGGGAGGAAGGGAGUUGCCAUCAACUUUGUCACCCGUGAAGAUGAGAGGAUGUUGUUUGACAUCCAGAAGUUCUACAACGUGGUCAUUGAGGAGCUCCCGGCCAAUGUCGCUGACCUUCUCUAGAUUAUAUCUUAGGAAUGCAGUAAGGUGCUUGAUAAAGUUCGUUUUUGUUGAAUAUCUCCCAACUCUCAGUUUUGGAGUGGUAAGGUGCUUGAUAAAGUUC